AUGGGAGGGCCGAUGGCUGUGGGCCCUGGACGCCUGCUGCGUGCAACCAUUCCUCAUCGGCCAGGCUUGACCGUGAACGUGGGCAUUUGGGCCCUCGGGCCUCAGGUGUCCGGUCAGUCUGGCGAGGCAGUGCACAGUACCGAUUCUUCUUGUGGUUCCCUUGAUGUGAGCUUUGGAGGUGGCACUCCCACAAGUUGCCAAAAGUCUGCUUUUGAAAAUCUUCAAGCUGCGGUUCUGGCGGGGGAUGCUCCAUCCAUCUUGAACUUGGUCGAGUCUUUUGAGCAGCAGGGCCUCAUCACUGAAGGCACUUUUCAUUGGAAGGUUGUGGAGCUUGCUGUAGAAACACAGGAGGACGUGCCUCCACAUGUGGCAGGCUGGGCAAUUGAAGAUGCCCUGGCAAACCUUAAGGACCCGAAAUAUCGAGAUGAUUUGCGCAUUGUCACGGCUAAUGUCUCUUCAUGGAGGAAGGACCUUUGCCCCUGGGUUGCGCAACUCGGUGCCUCGGUUGUGAUGCUUCAAGAGACGCAUCUGUGUCCUGAUCAGCCCGACUUGAUUGAAGGCCAAUUGGGGGUUUAUGGUUUUAAUGUUUUUAGUGUGCCGGGGCAUCCCACGGGCCGUGGGGGCACUUCAGGCGGAAUGGCAAUUUGCUUUCGCAAGCACCUGAAUGUCCGUCGUGUGCAUCAGUUUUUCAAGGCUGGUGCGGGUUUUCAGGUUGCUGCUAUUCGGCUGCGGGACACGGAUUGUUACUUGGUUAACCUUUAUUUGAAGGCUGGUGAAGGAUUUCAGAGUGCCACCAACUCGCAAAUUUUAGCUAAUCUGCUUGCUUUCCUUACUUCGGCCCGAGGCAUUUAUUUUGCAGCAGGCGACCUGAAUGAAGACUUUGAGGUCAUAGCGGCCAGCAGCUUUGCUCAGGAAGCCAAGGGCCAUUGGAUCAGCAGUGGAGAGUCCACGUGUGCAGGGGGAGGCAAUAUUGACUAUGGCCUUCUUUCCCCCAUCCUUGCUGCGGGUGCCAAGUUGGCUGUUGAUUGGGACACUCCCUUUGCUCCGCAUGCGGCGUUGCAUUGGACCCUGCAGCUUCAGCAUUUUGAUUUUAAGUUGCCGCAGUUAGUUGCCUUCAAGCCUGCGCCGGUGCAGCCCCAGCCGUUUCUCUCGAGUGUCGUUGCUGACCCUCGUGGUGAGCAGGUUGCCAUUCAAUCUCAGGAGCUGCAUCUGCUUGGGACUGAGGUCGCUACGCCUGGCCUGAGUGCGCUCUUUGCCAACCUUAGUCGGGAUGUUGAAUACUCGAUCUUUGGGUAUAGCCAAGGCCGAGGUGCCAAUGUUCAGGUCAGCAGGAGGCCCCUUGUUGUCCCCACAGCUCCUGCUUUAGGAUGGGGAGGGGCCAAAGCCUCCUUUUGGCAACGUAUGGUGGUGUGGCUGCAGGCGUGCUCCAAACGUUUGCAUGUGAGCUCUUUUGGCCGGUCGGCCUCACUCCGUCUUGGCAGCAUUUGGGCAGGUGCAACUUCUGAUCGGGAGGCCUUUCAAGCUGACCUUCAGGUUUUCUUGGAAUCAGAGGAUGUACGAGUGCUGCCUGGACUGCUUGCGACUGCACAGGAGCAGCACAAGGCCCAUCAGCGGAAAUGGCAACAGGAGAAAAGUGCAUCAUAUGGUCAAUGGCUCAGGCAGUCGACUCAGAAAGGCAUGCGACCAUUGUUUCGAAGUGUUAAGGCUGAGGAGGUCGUAACUGUUCGGCCCUUUCUUGAUGCCCCUCUGCAAGAACGCAUUUACUUGAGGUGGAGGCAUUGGUUUGAACUGUGGUCACAUCCGGCCGGGGUCGACCGUGACCUGCUGGCCUCCUUGAAACAUGCUGCGCAGGAGCAAGCCCGGCUUUUGCAUCCGAUUGACUUGGAGCGGGCUGUAGGGUUUUUCAAGAAAGUUCCCGCUAAAGCGCCCGGCCUGGAUGGUUGGACUUGUGAGAUGCUCCGCAACCUUAGUGUUGAAGCUGUUCAGGCCAUUCUUGAAUUUUUCCAUCACUGUGAGCGCGAGGCUUCGUGGCCGGACCAGAUGGUCUUUGCACUUAUAGCCUUGUUGCCUAAGUCUGAAAAGCGUGAACGCCCCAUUGCAUUGUUGCAUAUCCUUUAUCGUGCUUGGGCCAAGUUGCGGUGGCCUUUGGUUGCCGCGUGGCAGACUGCUUAUGCUGCUCGUGCACGAUGGGACAAGGCUGUUCCGGGCGGCCAGGCGCUUGACGUAGCACUGGCAAGGCUGAUGUUGGGAGAGUCGGUGCGGCGGAGCAAAUCACAUCUUAUAACAUUGUUCCUGGACAUGGAGACGUUCUACGAUAGGUGUGUGUUUGAUGACGUCAUUCGCUCUGGCCUUUCUUUGGCAUACCCGUGCAUUGUGCCCUCCCAUUUGGCCGGGGAGGGGUUGCCAGUGAUUCCCUUUUUCUGUUCAGGGCUCUCCGACGGGAUUUGGAAGCUAGAGGCGGCCAAGGCCAUGAGCAAAAUUCUUGAUGCCAAUGAAAAAGGCGGCCGGCAGGUCGCGGAAACUCAACCGACUGGCCAUCCCGGGGAGGGCGCACCGUUUACGCAUUGUCAGGGCCUCUUUGUGCUCAGCUGGCCUCUGGGGCCAUCAGGCACAAGCUUGGAUCCAUUGAUCUCACUUUUGUUGUCAGUCGACGGCGUUGCGAGGUCUGCUUGUGUGUCUUGGGCCAUUGGCGCCUAUGAGCUUCGACCUGAGGGGCCGGUUCGUGUGGCCAGCAUCACUUGCUACCCGGUACAACCCUUGUCUGUGGCGGGGGCGGAACAGCAGGCGGCUUUCGAACUCCUUGGCCGUGCCUCAGGUGACCUGGACAUCACAGUCGACUGCAAGGCGGUUCUUCAUGUCUUGGAGAAAUCCUCCCCACCCUUAGAUGGUCCGGUUCCUUGGGGUGAGGUUUGGGCUGAUCGGAGUAGGGCGCGGGUCACGUGGGUACCCAGUCACAAAACUUCUUCUUACUUUGCAGAUAAGGGCCUUCCAGAGUGGCGUCGAGUGAUCAAUGAGGACGUUGAUUCGUUGUGUGGCAAGCGGGCUGCUCAGGUGUACCGGGUGGCAUCCAAGCCGGAAUUGCACAGCCUGGAUGAACUAUGGGAGGAAGUGUGUUUGCAUUUGGCUAAGAAAAUUGGGUACGUCCUUUUGCAUAGGAAAGACAAGCAUUUUCCUUGGUUGCUUGAUCGCGGAGAUCCUGAAAGUCGCAAUGACGGUGAUUUACCUCGGGUCAUUGCUGGGGAUAAAUUUGUUAAGCCCAAGCUCCUUGCGAAUGCCAAGAAGGUGGCACCGCCCAACAAAAAACAGCGCCUUAAGCAGAUGUUGGGCUCUCCGGACCCGACAUUAGGUCACGUUUGGCGUGAUUGCGAGGCCAAGGCGAGCAAUAAUUUUGCGAUUCAGUGCACGGUUUGCAGCCUCUAUGUUGAACAAUGCAAUGCACCUGCAGUUUUCGAUCGCAAGGUCGCCAACCCUUGCCGGGACAUUGCUGCAGCGGCUGCGUGCAAAGGCCUAGGCCGUAAGGUUAAUAGUGGCACGAAGGCUGCCAGUGAGUCGUCUCAGAGGGCGGCUGUCACUUCGGAACCGGUGGGCUUGCUGCGCUUGUUGUGCCCAUUCCGGUAUGCGGAGCAGAUACCCAUCUAG